ACAGGGACGCGCGAGGCUCCUGCGCCACCGCGCUGUCUGGGGAAGAAGGGAAUGUAAACUUCUGAAGAGCGUGCCUUCAAACCAAAGAAGACAACUGCCAGCCAGGGGUCACCUGAAGUUGACUGGCUCCGGGGACAGUUAGAGAUCGCUGCUCAAGCAUAAGUUUUCUUAGGACCACUACCGAGAUGUUUGAUGUAAAGGCUUGGGCGGAAUAUGUAGUGGAAUGGGUUGCAAAGGACCCCUAUGGUUUCCUUACAACCGUUAUUUUGGCCCUUACUCCACUGUUCCUAGCAAGCACGGUCUUGUCCUGGAAAUUGGCCAAGAUGAUUGAAGCCCGGGAGAAGGAACAAAAGAAGAAACAAAAACGUCAAGAAAAUAUUGCAAAAGCUCAAACGACUGAAAAGAGAGUGAAGGGAUGA